GCUCGGCGCCUGGGGCGGGGGCGGACUCGCGCGAGUGAUUUAACAUGGCGGAAAAUGGUGUCUUGGCGGCUCCGAGCCCGCGGGGGCGUGCGGAUGGGGAGGACGCGGAGCCCCCGGAAGAGCGAAUGGCAGAAACGCCGAGAGAUGAUCAGGAGCAGUUUGAGUGCCAGGAACUGCUGGAAUGUCAGGUGCAGGUGGGGGUCCCGGAGGAAGAGGAAGACCCGGGCCUAGUGGCCGAGGCCGAGGCGGUCGCUGCUGGCUGGAUGCUCGAUUUCCUCUGCCUGUCUCUUUGCCGGGCCUUCCGCGACGGCCGCUCUGAGGACUUCCACCGGACCCGCGACAGCGCAGAGGCUAUUAUUCAUGGGCUGUCCAGUCUAACCGCUUAUCAGUUGAGAACUAUAUUCAUAUGUCAGUUUUUGACAAGAGUUGCAGCAGGAAAAACCCUUGAUGUACAGUUUGAAAGUGAUGAACGAAUUACACCCUUGGAAUCCGCCCUGAUGAUUUGGGCCUCAAUUGAAAACGAACAUGACAAACUUCAUGAAGAAAUACAGAAUUUAAUUAAAAUUCAGGCGAUAGCUGUUUGUAUGGAAAAUGGCAAUUUUAAAGAAGCAGAAGAAGUCUUUGAAAGAAUAUUUGAUGACCCAAAUUCUUAUGAGCCUUUAAAAAGGAAAUUGCUUAUGGUAAUCUCUCAGAGAGAUACAUUCCACUCCAUUUUUCAACACUUCAGCUACAACCACAUGAUGGAGAAAAUUAAGAGUUAUGUGAAUUGUGUAAUAAGUGAAAAAUCAUCAGCCUUUCUUAUGAAGGCAGCAGCAAAAGUAGUGGAAAGUAAAAGAGCAAGAACAACUUCUCAAGAGAAACCUGAUGGUAACAGUAUUGAAAUGGAAACUGAAGCUAAUUUGGAUGUAGGAAAAAGUGUUACUACUGACAAAAAGUCUGCUGGAACUGAAUCCUCAGAGGGUACAGUAUCUUUAUUGAGGUCUCACAAGAAUCUCUUUCUAUCUAAAUGGAAACACAGAAGCCGACAGCAAGAUUUUAAUAAGAAAGAGGAAAGAGUGGAAACUCUCCAAAGUAGAGGAAAGGAAAAAAACAGACAAACCACUGAAAGCAAGAGAAGACACAUUUUGAACAGUCAGCCAGUAACUUCCAGAAAACGUCGAUCUAGGAAAAAACAGCUUUUAUUUCCUCUAGAGGGGGCUGGAGUUGGCUGGAGAUGAGUUGGAGUUGUGGGCACCUGGAGUUUUUUAAUUGAAACUUGUCCACAGUGAGUCUCCAUCACUUCACCCAUCAUAGUUACAUGUUUCUAUCAGUACUGGCUCUAGCUGUGAGCUUCUUUUCCUGAUAAGCUGUGAUUCUCUAUAUCACCCUUUUUGUUUUUCUAGUUUUUAUGUUAGCAGUUUGCCUAUUGGCGUUAAUUCUCUAGUGGAUCUACAAAGAGUCGUUGACUUUCAGUUUAGUUUUUUUCUUUUGAGAACUGGAGUGAUCUUUCCAAGCUUUUAUAUGUCCCAGAACUAGAAGUCUCAGCCUCAUACAUUUUUUUUUAAUUAAUUUAUUUUGAGAAAGUGAGCACAAGCUGGGGAGGGGAAGAGAGAAUGGAAGGGAGAAUCCCGAACAGGCUCCCCACUGCCAGCACAGAGCCCCACUCGGGGCUUGAUCCCAUGAACCAUGAGGUCACAACCUGCUCUGAAACCUAGAGUCAGACGUUUAACCAGCUGAGCCACCAGGUGCCCAUCUGCCUCAUAAUUUUUUUUUUUUAAUGUUUAUUUAUUUUUGAGAGAGACAGAGUAUGAGCAGGGGAGGGAGGGACAGACAGACAGACAGACGGACACAGAAUCCGAAAUAGGCUCCAGGCUCUGAGCUGUCAGCACAGAGCCCAAGGCUGGGCUCGAACUCGGGAAUGGCAAGAUCAUGCAUGACCUAGGCCAAAGUCAGACGCUUAACCACCUGAGCCACCCAGGCACCCCUGCCUCAUACUUUUAAUUGACCUUUCCCUGUAGUUCUUCUGGCAACAAUUCCAAAUGAGAUUGUACGUGUUAUUUAUAGAUAUAUAUAAAAAAAAAAAGUUUUUUUCUUUUUUUGGUAUUUUAAAAAAAAUAGUUUAUCAACUACAUAAUUUAAAUAAUAGAACAUAGAUGGUAUUGUCUGUCACUGUUUACUAUUGCCAAAAAAGAAUUCUUUGGCUAUCACAAGUACCUCAUUUUAUUUUUAGCUUUCCACUGUUGGCUUUUUGGUGGGACAGUUUUUUUCAGUUGAGUGACAGAUUUCAUCUUAUUUUGUGUUAACAUUUUCGUUCUUUAAAAAAUUUUAUUGCAGUAGUCUGUACCUGAUUGGACAGAUUCUCCUUGCUGCAUUUGUCUGUGAAACAGACAAAGGUAUUUCUGCCUGCCUCAUCACAGUUUUAUGGGUUUUUGAGAGAGAGAGAGAGAGAGAGAGAGAGAGAGCACAUGUGCACAAGCAGGGGAGGGGCAGAAGGAAAGGAGAGAGAGAGAAUCUUAAGCCAGCUCCACACCCAUCAAGAGCCCCACUUGGGGCUUGAUCUCCUCGAUCUCUUUGAUCUCCUGACCAUGAGAUCAUGACCUGAGCUGAAAUGAAGAGUUGGAUGCCUACCUCAACUGAGCCACCUAGGUGCCCCAUCGUCACAGGUUAAAAAGAGACUUCCUUUUGUAAAUUUAUUCUAUUAAAGAGUAAAAGUAAAUGUCUUUCAACAACAAAGACUUUUUUCCCCAGAGAUGGUAUGUAAUGGGAAUUACUGUAAUUGGGGGUUUUUUGGUACUAUAAAUAGUAUCAUUUUAAGGCAUUAUAGAGCAUUGGUUUUUUCUUCUGAAAGACAUUAAAAAUGACAAUACGAUUUUCAAAUAUAAGUUACAUAAAACAUUUUUAACCAUAGGAGAGAAAAUGGUGCGUUUUAAUUUGUUAUAUGCUCUUUAUAUUUUGCGGGUUAUGGGCUUGACCAGGGUUGUUAUUUUUUUUUAUUGAUUCUAUGUAUAAUAUUUCAAGGAAAGCAGGGGCGCCUCAGUGACUCGUUUGAGCAUCCAACUUUGGUUUAGGUCAUUAUCUCAACAGUUUCAUGGGUUCAAGCCCCACAUCGGGCUCCACACUCUGUGGAGCCUGCUUCAGAUUCUCUCACUCCCUCUCCAUCCGCCCCUCCCCCACUCAUGCUCAUGUGCACACGUGUUCUCUCUCUCUCUCUCUCUCUCUCUCUCUCUCUCUCUCUCUCUCUCUCUCUCUCAAUUAAAUAAACUUAAAAAAAAGAAAGCAAAAGACAGAAAAGCACAAGGAAUACAGAUUUUUUAUGUCCCAAAAUGUCAUCUUAAACUGUUUGUUUAUUAUGUGAUAUUAUGAAUGGAAUCUAAGAAGUCAGAUAUAGAAAAUGAAGAAACGAAAAAGAGGAAAGAGUAGACUCAAAUGAAAUUGUACUGCCCUUGUGUUUUCUUUUUGUUCUGACACCGUGAAGCCAAUUGUGGCAUCAACUCCGUUUGUAGAAAGUAGGAGUGGGCCUCUUUAAACUUUUAAAGAUGAUGUUAUUAUUUGCUAUAUGAUCACAUGUUCCAUAUGAUGUUUUGCAAGACCCUUGCCUUUAAAUCAUAGAUGAAAUUAAGUUUGCAAGAUUCCAAACAUUCAGAUCAAACAAAAGAAGGCAUAAACAAUCACAGAGUAAUAAUACAUCAAAUUAAAGUUACUCUUUUUCAAGAAGAAAAAAUUAAAUAAUGUUAAAAACUGAGGUUAACCUUCACUUGACAAAAUUAUAACUAACUUCUAGGUGAGAGGUUGGCAAACUCUGCAAAGGGCCAGGUAGUGAAUAUUUUAAUAGGCUUUAUGGGCCAUAUACUGUUUCUGUCACAUAUUUUUUUCCUCUUUAAAAACCUUAUUUUGAAAUGUAAAAACCGUUGUUAGCUUCUGGUCAGUGCAAACAGCCUAAGACUGGAGUUUGGCAGUAGCUUGCUAACCUCUGCUGUAUGUGAUCCACUGGAAAAUACUGUUUAAAUUUGUACCCAGAAACCUAAAGGGGAUUCAGGCAGAGAAUAUUAAUUUAUUUUUUAAGAGAUCUGAGCUUUUGUGUUGUAUCAGGUACCAUCUGUGCAUUCUAUUAAAAGUAAUUAGCUCAGCUUAGAACAAGAAAACUGUGGUGUAUAUCUGAAAUUUGCAUAAACCAAUGACUACUUUUUAUUUUUUUCUUUAUUUUUUUAAUGUUUAUUUUUUUAUUUUUGAGAGAAGUAGUGCACACAUGAGUGGGAGGGGCAGAGAGAGAGAGAAACACAGAAUCCCAAGCAGGCUUCAGGCUCUGAGCUGUCAGCACAGAGCCCGACGCAGGGCUCAAACUCAUGAUCCAUGAGAUCAUGACCUGAGCUGAAGUCCAAAGCUUAACUGACUGAGCCGUCCAAGCACCCCGAUACUUUUUAAAACCAAACAAAACUGGAGUGCCUGGGUGGCUCGGUCAGUUGAGCAUCCAACUCUUGAUUUUGGCUCAGGUCAUAAUCUCACGGUUUGUGAGUUCAAGCCCUACACUGGGCUCUGCGCUGACAGCAUGGAGCCUCCUUCGGAUUCUGUCUCCCUCUCUCUCUCUCUGCCCCUCCCCCGCUUGCUCUCUGUUUCUCAAAAUAAAUAAAAAUAAACUUAAAAAACUGAACAAAACUGUAGCAACUUCUUACAGAAAUUCUUAACUUGGGGAUUGUAAAAGUGAUAGAUUUUUUUUUUUUCACACUUAUUUUUUUUUUUGUGAGAGAGAGCGUGAGCAGGGGAGGGGCAGAGAGACAGGGAAACACAGAAUCUGAAGCAGUUCCAGGCUCUGAGCUGUUGGCACAGAGCCCAAUGCGGGGCUUGAACUCAACAAGCUGUGAGAUCAUGACCUGGGCCGAAGUCGGACACUUAACUGACUGAGCCACCCAGGCGCCCCAUGAUAGAUAUUUUAAAGGGGAGUCUAAGUAGCCUCUGAAAUGUUAUGUAAAAUUUUGUAUACCUUCUGUUGUCUGUGAAAUGGAUCCACAGCUUAUAAGCUGUUACAGAAAUCUAAGAAAUGUACAUGCAAAUUCUUCCUCCUUUAGAAACUUUAAUACUGGGGUGCCUGGGUGGCUCAGUUGGUUAAGCGUCUGACUUUGGCUCCAGUCAUGAUCUUGCGGUUCGUGAGUUCAAGCCCCGUGUCAGACUCUGUGUUCAGAGCCUGGAGCCUGCUUCGGAUUCUGUGUCUCCCUCUGUCUCUCUGCCCUUCUUCUACUCACACUGUCUCUCUAUCUC